CUCGAAAAGGCACACCGAGCCGUCUCGGAGGUCCUGAUCUGUUUAGGCGAAAGCCGUCAGACGUCCCCACGUCUAUGGAUCCAUCCAUGGUCGAGCAGUCAUCCCCCAUGCUGCAUCCAUCAUCAUCUAAGCACCACCCACCAGUGCACCAUCACCACAUUCAUGACCCCUUCAAACACAAUACACUCUCUCAUGCCUUCCUUCCAGAACCACCCCGCAGACAUUCUCGAAGUCAGGAAUGCCGUUUCUCGGACCCCAGUCUAGCUAUCCAUGCACUGUCUCACAUUUCAUACAUGUCCCGUCCCGUCCUCUCAGUGCUCACCAUGCGUCGAGGUCAUCAAAGCUUAGUAGUGGCGCGUAGAAUCCCUCACACCCCCUUGUAUUGCUCGCUUGCGUAGUGCCGACAGUGAGACACCUAUCUACCGAUCGAACUGCUCCGUCUAAUUACUCACACCCCGGUUAUCGUAGGGCUGUGUUUCCGUCUG